GCAUAGGUAUCAGCACACGCGAAUGCUAUAUAACAGGCUCGCUAUCGACAUAUCGCUCAGUGUAACUCAGUGAACAGACGUAGCCAUGCAGUGGAUAACCUGUGUGUUACUGUUGUGCGUGACGGCCGCAUUGGCAGACGACGAGUGGCGGGAAGUGGAAACUGCGCAAGGGGUUGUGCGCGGGCGCAAGCACCCUACAGAGGACAUAUACACAUUCUAUAAUAUACCUUACGCCACGGCACCGGUCGGCGUUGACAAGUUCAAGGCACCCGUUGACCCACCAAAAUUUUCGCAACCAUAUGAUGCCAUAGACAAGCAAGUGGUUUGCCCGCAAGCAAAAUUACCAAUUUCUAAUCUUCAACUAAGAACCCUGGUGCAACAAGAAAAUUGUCUGAUUGCCAAUGUUUUUGUGCCAAACACAAAUAAAAAGAAUCUCUCCGUGGCAGUUUACGUUCAUGGAGGAGGUUUCGUUAUGGGAUGGGGAGAAAUGUUUAAAGCCACACAGUUAAUGAAGACAAAAGAUAUUAUUGUGGUUACCUUCAACUAUCGAUUAGGUGUCCAUGGCUUCCUUUGUCUCGGCACUGAAGACGCCCCAGGUAAUGCUGGAAUGAAAGACCAAGUAGCAUUGCUGCGUUGGGUACAAAAGAACAUCGCCAGCUUUGGUGGUAACCCAGAUGACGUCACUAUCUUAGGAUACAGUGCUGGCUCCGCAUCAGUAGACCUGUUAAUGCUAUCAAAAUCUGCUGAAGGCUUGUUCCACAGAGUUGUACCUGAAAGUGGAGGAAACCUUGCUGCAUUUUCAAUUCAAAGAGACCCUGUGGAGAUUGCCAAAACCUUUGCUAAACAACUUAACUUUACUAACGUAGACGAUAUUAACGCUCUUGGACAGUUCUACAAAACAGCUCCUUUAGAAUUGUUAACUUCAGAUCCAUUUUUUUAUAGAACUGAUUCUACUUUCAUGUUCUCUCCGUGUGUUGAGCGUAAUAUGGGAGAAGAGACGUUCCUGACAGAAUCUCCACUUACUAUACUAAAGAACGGCAACUAUAAGAAAUUACCAGUGUUGUAUGGUUUUGCUGAAAUGGAAGGAUUAUUUCGCAUUGAUUUCUUCUCAUUUUGGAAGGAGAGAAUGAAUGAAAAUUUCUCUGAUUUUUUGCCUGCUGACUUAAAAUUUAAAUCUGAAGAAGAAAGGCAAAAAGUAGCUAGUAAUGUUAAAAGAUUUUACUUUGGAGAUAAACCCAUCAGUGAAGAUAAUAUUUUGGAAUACGUGAAUUUCUUUACGGAUGUUGUUUUUGCAUACCCAAUGCUUUGGACAACUAAGUUGCACGUGGAGGCGGGCAACAAUGAAGUUUAUUUGUAUGAAUACUCAUUUGUCGAUGAAGAUGUUCCUGUAGUUCCACACACUAAUAUAAGAGGUGCCAACCACUGCGCUCAGUCGUUCGCCGUACUUGAUGGCAAAAAUUUGACACAUUUAAGUCAUACAGACGAGUCACUAGCGACGCCUGAGUAUCAGGAAAUGAAGAAGACAAUGCGAGAAAUUUGGUACAACUUUAUCAAAACUGGAAAACCUGUGCCUGAAGGGUCUUCAUUGCCUGCGUGGCCCGCUGCCGGCGCUGACAGGUCACCGCACAUGUCGCUGGGACAGAAGAUAGAGCUGCGUGGUGUAUUGCUAAAAGAACGCACUCGCUUCUGGGAUGACAUCUACCAGAGAUACUACCGGGAGCCUGUACCACCACCGGCACCACCAUCUAAAUCACGCUCGGAGUUAUGAAACAAGACUGUUACACCAUAUCUACUAGC